AGGCCAGGCCCAGUCGGCUCGCGCGCUCCAGCCGGGCCACCCGCCCGGGGGCGGGGCCCGCCUGACACUGUACGUACGAGAACUCCACCCUGCAGCUCCCCCCCCGCGUCGGCCCAGCGCGGGAUGGCGGCCGCCUCCCGCCUGCUCGCGUGGGCGGCCCUCGCAGGCGCGCUGGCGUUCGCCGCGGACCCUGCCGACGCGCAGGCGAGGCUUCAGAUGCAGAUGGACGCGGCCCAGGCCUCCAAGGCCUCCGAGGCCGAGGCCGCCCUCGCCAGCAGCACGUGGGCACCCGAGGCCUCGGCCGCGGACCCCGCCCGCCUGGCCCAGGCGGCGGCGCCCAGGCCGAGGAGAGGGAGGCAGCACCCUGCCGACAUGAGCAAGCAGGACGUGACCCGGGAGGAGCUGGCCAGGGCGCAUCAGGCCGCUCCAGAGGCGAAGAGCAUUGUGGAGGAGGGUGCGCAGUUCGCGUCCGGGUCGAGCCGCAGGAUCGGCGCUGCGGAAGGCGCAGAAGCAACACCAGCGGGAGGAGGCACGAGAACAGGCGGAGGGCGCUCGCGCGCGGAGGGCCUGGGAGUCGGAGCAGCGCAAGAUCGCGGCGGAGAAGCGCAGGAAGCAGGCCGCGAAGGCCGCGGCGCGCUGAGCUCGGGCGCGCGCCGUGGCCGCCCCGCCCCGCCCCCCCCUCGCGCGGCCCGCUCCGCCGCUCACCCCCCCUCUCGUCUCCCUAAAUCGGACCGGGGGGCGGGACCGCGCGUCGCUUGCUGCGGCCCAGCAGUUCGAUAGGCGCUGAGGACUGUUCUGACCCCGCGCACGGCGAA